AUGGCUAUCUCAGACCUACUGAAUCGCCGUGUGCGAGCUGUCGCUCAGGACGACGAGGAGCUUUACUCUGACCAGUCUGGCUCGGAUCAGGCGAGCGACGAUCUCCGCUCUGACGAGUCAGGCUCAGAAAGUGGCAGUGAUGGUUCCCUAGACGAAGACGACGACGACGAUGUGUCUCAAGGCGACCCGGAAGAUAUGGAUGAUGACGACGAUGACGACGAUGACGACGACGAAGAUGACGAAGACGACAAUGAUGAUGCCCAGGACGACGUUCAAGCCUCACUAAGCAGUAUCUCGUUCGGCGCAUUGGCGAAAGCGCAAGCAUCUAUAGGACCCAAAUCAAAGCGGUCGUCCAAGGCCUCCCGGACAGAAGACGAGCCUGCCGCUCCUUCCCCCUUAGACGACAUUCGGGCGCGGAUUCAAGAGGCACGCGAACAGAAACGCCAAGCGCUGGCGAAAAAUAAGGAUUCGGAAAAGCUCUCUCGUUCCUCCAAGCAUGCGCCGGCCGUACAAUCCUCCAAACAUGCCGUCUCCCGCAAACGGACCAUCAUUGAGCCGCCAAGUGUACCCAAGUCGCGAGACCCCCGUUUUGACCCGACUGUCCUGAGCCAGGGUGGUCGCGGAAACCCUCAAGGAACGAGCAACGCUUACGCAUUCUUGGACGAGUAUCGCCGGGACGAACUGAAGCAGUUGAAGGAACAAUACGCCAAGACGAAGAACCAAGAACAGAAAGAAGCUCUGAAGCGUACGAUUCGGUCGACUCAAGACCGUCUUCGAGCGAUGGAGAAUAGGAAACGCGAGAAGGAGAUCUUAGCGGAGCAUAAGAAGAAGGAGAAACAGCUCAUCCGCGAAGGAAAGAAGAGCAACCCGUACUUCUUGAAGAAGUCGGACCUGAAGAAGCAGGUGCUGCUCAAGAAGUACGAGAAUAUGAACUCCAAGGACCGCACCAAGGCACUCGAGAGGAAGCGCAAGAAGACUGCCGCCAAGGAAAGAAAGGAGAUGCCCAUGGAGCGGAGAGCCUUGGCUGGCGACGAUGCGCCGAGUGGCGGUGGAAGGUGGCGGCUGGAAACGCCGCAGAGUUGCAUAGAUGUUGGGACUUGCUGUCUGAUUUCGGCGCCUGGCUCAUGUUAUUGUAUAUAG